AUGGCACAAACCGCCAUGAGCAGGCUCUUCGUCCAGAGCACUAGCUCAGUGCGCCAAUCUAUCCUUAGACCCGCGCAGGUCCGCAGCUACGGCUCCAAAGUAAUUCCGACCUUCACCUCAACACCCUCCACCGAGCUCAACGAGGCUCUCGAACGAUUCCGCAAUGACCUUUUCAUACCCCUCGGUCUGCCUAAGCGACAGCAAAAGAGUGUGUUCAAGCCGAAAUACGCCACGCAAUUGGAACAUGAGCCAAUCACUGUCACGAUCAACAAGGAUGAAAAAUUCACUCUAACUCCCAAGUUGCGCCACGAAUUGCCCUCAAAGAAGGAGGCCUUGGCUGUUCUCGACAUGAUGGUAGCAACUGGGGACUUCAGCAACCUCUUUGCUUUCGUCAGCGCAAUGCGCAUGUCAAACUAUACCAUCAACAGCAACCGGUGGCAGUACAUCAUCCGCAAAGUCAGCGCGGCCGGCAAACUCAACCAGAUCGUCGAAAUAUCGCUCGCGUUCUUUUCUACGAACUCCACCACACCGCAAUGCGGGCAAACUUCGAGCGGAAAGAAACCCCUCUACGCUCGUAACCUCGCACAGCAGGUGGCUCUCUUGCUUGACGCCCCGGAACACUCAGCUAAGGGGAUCAACAAUGAUCCCAAAUACCAACCGUUCGUUAUCGGCACGUUGCUGGAACUGAACGCGGCGCUUGGUUUGGCCAUGUCGGACAAACUUGACCCGAGUAAGACCGAUCAGAGCGUCAAGGCCGAGAGCAGAAACAUCCGUGACUACGCUCAGAAGCUUGAUGCAAGCUGGUCCCGUGGUAACUUCAAAAAUGAUGGUUCAACUCCUUAUGAAACCGAGACUAGGCUCCAGGAGAACCUGGCUAUUUAUAACGGCAUGCGCUUGAGCCUGCAGUGGCCCAAGGCCUCGCUCGCGACUGAGUCUUUCCAGGCGCGCUGUGACGAGCUUAAGCCUAUUCUGAUUGAACAGUUGAACUCAACCAAGAACAAGCAGUUGACUGAGGACAAGGUGGCUCAGCAGUUGAAGGCAGAGGCUUGA